AUGACUAAAUGUGUCUUACACACGCAGAGAAAUGCCACAUUGUGCAAGACUAAUGAGGUGUGGUGGGGCGGGGAGACCCAGACUGCCUCCUCCUGCAAGGGCCCCAUGGCGCAUAUAAAUCCCAGAACGUGCAGGGAGCGGGCAGAUACAAAGAGAAGAUCUGCAAAGAUGAGAGGACAGACAAGAAGCUCUGCCAGUGCUGGGCUGCUUUUGCUGUUGGUCCUGAUGGGUCUUCAGCAAGGAUCAUCUGCCCAAGCACUAAACUGUGGCAUUCAAAGGCCCGUUAUCCGGAUAGCAGGUGGACUGAAUGCCCAGCGUGGCGAGUGGCCGUGGCAAGUCAGCCUCCAGUACCGUGGAGAGCACUUUUGCGGCGGAAGCCUCAUUAAUGAGAGAUGGGUCCUGACUGCUGCCCACUGCUUCUUUGAGCUGGGAAUCAAAAUCUGCGCAUCCGACUGGAAAGUGGUGCUGGGCCGUGUGAGACUGGCAGGCAGGUCUCAAAGGGGGCUGGUGCGCAACGUUUCUGACAUCAUCCCUCACAAGGACUACGUCAAUUUCGACCAAGGCGACGACAUCGCGCUGGUGCGUCUCAGCGAGCCUGUGAGCUAUGGCCGGGACAUCGCUCCCAUCUGCCUGCCUUAUGCCAACCACCGCUUUGCCUUUGGGACGCAGUGCUGGCUGAGCGGCUGGGGAGAAAUUGCCAGUAAUGUCACCCUGCCAAAACCCAUGAACCUCCAGGAGAUGACCGUAGACCUGCUGACCAGUGACACCUGCAACUGCAUCUACAGCAACCUACGCAACAGGAGGAUCGUCAGCCCAGCUCGGCCUGGCAUGGUCUGUGCCAUGACUCCUGACCGCAAGAGGGGUCCUUGCAAGGGCGAUUCAGGUGGCCCUCUGGUCUGCAUGGAGGAUGGCUAUUGGUUCCAGGCAGGGAUCUUGAGUUUCUCUAUGGGCUGCAAACAGUUCUUUGGCCCCACCAUCCUGACCGACACCGCUUUCUACGCCGACUGGAUCAAGCAGUAUGUCGAAAACGCCACCUUCGCCAAGCAGCCCGAACCCCGGCCCAAUACCACCGACAAGUACAUGUGCACAGGCUGCGGGGUGAUGAAAGCGGACAGGCCUGGCGGAGGGGCAGAGGGUCUCUGGCCCUGGUACGUGAGCCUCCGGCGCAACGGUCAGCACAAAUGUGGAGCCACCUUGGUCGCUGAGGACUGGGUCAUCACCUCUGCGCAGUGCUUCAUUGGGCACCAGGAACCCGAGGGCUGGGAGGUGCUGCUGGGUGAGCAGCGGGAAGAGGGCAAGCAGACAUGGCAGGAGAAGAGGGCCAUCCAGCGGAUUGAACUCCACGGUGCCUAUGUUGAGGCAAAGGAAGGUGACAACAUUGCGAUGGCCAAGCUGUCCCAGCCUGUGGUGUUCAAUGACAGAAUCCGGGCCAUCUGUGCCCCGUAUGCCAACCACCAGUUCCCCUUUGGCUCUACCUGCUGGACCCGCGGACGGAGAAUCGAUGGCAAUUCGAGUUUUCCAGGCAGCGUGGAGGUCAAACUCCUUGGCCCCAAGGAAUGCAACUGCAUCUAUAACAAGACCAGCGACGUGGGGCAAGAGAUCCCCAUCACCUCUCAGAUGAUGUGUGCCACGCCCAGUAAAAGCAACAUGCGCUGCCAGGAUAGCACCGGUGAGCCUCUGGUUUGCAAGGAGAAUGGGACGUGGUUCUUGGCAGGCAUCGCAAGCUUUGGAAAGGGCUGUGGGACUGUGGUCCGUCCAGGUGUUUACACAUCAGUCAGUAGCUUUCAGGAGUGGGUCAUGCAGCUGUCCUGGUCUGCUUACUUUGAUGUGCAGAAGCCUCCUAUUCCAGUGGCCAACGACUCAGAAACCUGCAUGAAGGUGCCUCUUCCAAGACCCAGCCGUGUUUAAUAAGACAAAGAAAAAAAGGACAAAACUGGACACGGAACAGACCAAGCCUGGCUGAAUGAAAAACUUGGUGGCACCCCUUCUCGUCCGCCUCUGGUUCUGCCUCCCACUCAAGAAAUGAUCUGAGAGCGUUGCUGGCUCCCACCACACAGCAGAGUCCGGGGAGGUGGACUCAUUCCAGCUACCAGACUGACAGUUCUUUGUUCCCAUCUCAGAACAAUCCAGGGGAACUGCAUUUUGGUUUGUCGGAGAGGGGGGAACAACACCCAUCACACCUGAUGCCAACCCUGCAAAAUAACACUAAGUGCCCUGCCAUGCUGGGCAAAACGGAGGGGGGCAGAAUAUAGCAAGAUGCAAUUGCUUCUCGGGAUAUUUCCCCUCUCCUUUCCUAGACUGCAUAAUUGGAACCAAGAGGCCAGCCAGGUGCUCACACACUAAGACUGGCCUUGGACAAGCCCCCCCCCUCUUUCAACCUACCUCACAGGUGUGUUGCGAAGGGUAAAAUGAGGCAGGUAUAUGAGGGUCCUCAGAAGCAAGGCCAGAGACCUGCCACUGCCAUAACUGUCUGCUUCAGUGGGCGAAAGAAAUCACAGGGCCAAACUCGAGACCUUGUCCGCUGGAGUGAAUCUGAAUUAGCAUCAUAAUAGGCUGGGUCCUAAACUUUAUUCAUAUGGUGAAAUCCAGCUUGUAAUCUGCAAACGCAGCUGCAUUUUUCAGAAGGCAGAGGACCACGUGACUCAGAAGUAUGAGGAGGCAACAGGCCAGCAUUCCUUUGCACAGGUGGUUUUCCUUGUUCUGUGCGGAACUGCUGCCCACCUUUGCAAAGGGAAUUCUAGCAGGGCGGCAGGGCAGGGGAUAUACAGCACCUCUUAUCGGUUUUUCUAGUAAUUGGGGUGUUUUAUUCUAUUUAUUUAAAUCAUCCGUACAUAUGGUGUGACACUACUAAACCAAAUCUCAGAUUUCUAGCUCAGGUGGAAAUAGUACUCUCAGCGGUCACUCACCUAUAGCGUAAUCAAGUGUACAUACUUCUUUCGAGAGUCGGUGUUUUAGUAUCUCAAAAACUCUUUAGCGUAGGCUGGCUAAGAGACUGAAUUUGGUAAUCAUACAACUGACAGAGAUGAAUGUGAGUGGCUGUGUGUGUGUGUGUGCGUGCGCGUGCACGCACAUUUAUCUUAAUAUUUCAUUGUACAAAAUAAAUUAUUUGAAGGUGUGGAACAUUUUCAAGAGAUUCACUCUUCCAUUUCUAUGCCUAAGCAGAGAACACAGGCAUUUCUGUUCAGAACAGAAAGUUUCAACUGGGAGGUACCAGGCCCAGCAACGUUUCACUGGCGACACCGCAGUUGUCGAAUUCUCUCCUGGGGAAGAUCUAACACUGUUUUUACACAGCUGCUGAAAAUUAUUUCUAUUCCGGAAGGCAUGCUACUUUAUCUUACAAUCGUUUUUGAACUUUUUAAUACGGUUUUAAUGCUGCUGUGUUUUUAUUUAUAUAUUUAUACUUGAUCAACCAGAUGUUGUAUGUUGUUAUAUUUUGGUGUCUUUUGGCAAUGCUUCGAACAAUUGUGUGGGAAAGGGGGAAAUAAAUAUUUUUGAGAAUCCAAGCGCUGUAGUUGUCUGUGCCAGAAAAGCAAAAAUAAGAGCCCACCUCCACCUCAAGAAUCCAUAACAUAGCUUUCAUGGCUGUUAUCAUUAAUGCAUUACUAUUAAACUUAAGAGCUAGUAGCUGUUGAUAGUCUUAUCCCCAUUAAUUUGUAGAAUCCUCUUUCAAAGCCAUCCAAACAGCUCACCAUCGCUAUACUGUAUGUUGUAGGAGCUAAGAACGUUUUGUACACCUCUAUUGCGUCACCCCUUCCAGUACUCAGGAAUAAAUUCCACUAAACUUGCCAGAACUGGUUUCUUAGUAGGACUGGGCUGUGCACUGAUGGGUUGUGGAAAAAUACCC